GUGCAGCCGGCCGGCGAGCUCCCCCCCUCCCCCCUCCGCCCGCCGAGGACGAGGACGGGCUUCCUUGCGGCGGCCAGCCUCCCACCGCCUGCGCUGAUCAGGGGCGCUGUCGUCCUCGCUGUUUGUGACUAUGGGUGACUACACAAUCCAGAUUAGCACCAAGCUAAUCGACCAACUUGCUCGUGAUGACGAGAAGGUCAAAAAGAAAACCAGGAAAUCCAAGCCUAAGAAGACUGUCAAGCAACAUAAAGAGCCUCAGGACAACUCAAGGGAACUCCCACCUUCUGAGCCCAAUGUCACCACUGCUCCUCCUGGGUGGCCACUGCAAAUGUAUUUGCCUGUAACCCCUGCUCCUCCUCCACCCCCACCUGCUAUUUCAGAGCUCGAAGCCAUCCGCGCUGUUCUGGAAGAGAGUGAAAAGGUUCAGGAGAAGCUGGAUAAGCAGCAUGCCGGGAUGCGCGAUGAACUCAUCAAGAAAUCAAAAGACCUGCGUGACAAGGAGUUCAAGUUGCCGUACCAGAACCCCAUGCCAUGUACCGAGGAGAGAGCAAACUGCCUCCAGUGUUAUGUGAGCAAUGCACAGGACCCACUCAAGUGUGCUGAGGCAGUCAAGAGAUUUGAAGCAUGUGUUCGCUUGGCAAGGCAAAUGGGCAACAUGAAAGUCGCUCAGUAGCCCUGGAAGUUUUGUGAUCAGGAAUGAAUUGAUAUAACGAUUUUGCUAUGAUGUGAUGAUUUAAUAACCUGGAAUUUUGAUGAGACUUAAGACAUCUUUCAACAAUUCUAUUGGCAUCUUGCUAGGCUAGAUGAGGAAACUACAGAUCCUUGAGUUCAGGAAUUCUGUAUUGCAAAUAUUGGGUACAAAUGAAACAUGAAUUCUGAGUGCAAACUAUCUGUCUGAUUGGUAUCAUGAGUGAAAGCGUUAUCCAUA